UCUCUAGGCAUAUCUAAAAAAAUAAACAUUCAUUUAACGAAGAGAUAACAAAAUAUCAAUAAUAAUUAUACAUUAUUAUUUUAUUAAUAAUAAUAAUUAUUAUUAUAUUAUAAUUAUUAAUAAAAAUUAUGCCGAAUUAUAAGCAUAAGUCGUCGAAAUCUGACGGAAAACAGACGAGGAUUCCCUUUUUUCUGGAAAAGUUGAAUGAGAAAACACGAGAAAAUUUUCUAAUUGAUAUUCAAAAUUUGGAAUCAAAGUUGGAAAAAUACACAGAGAAAUACGAAGACUCAAUCAGAAAGAGAAACAACCUAACAGAACGUAUAGACAGGCUUCAACAUAAUGAGCAAAACUCCAUCAAUAAAUUUAGCCAAGAGCUUGAGGACAAGACCAAAGAGCUAAACGACUUAAAAGAAGAGAUCGUGAUGAUGGUAGAGAGGAAUGAGCUGGAGAGAGAUGUGAAUGAAUCGAGGCUGAACGAGAAGAAGCAUGAUUUGGAAGUUAUCAAAAAUAAACUGAUGAAUGAAAACGAAAGAUUGUCUAAAGAACUGCACUCUCUUGAAGAAUUCAAAUUGGACAAAAGCGAACUUACAAAAAAGGUCAAAACUCUGGAGUCUGAAAUCGAACAAGGUAAGAGCGAGUACCAAGCAUAUGUUCUGCAGAUGCAGGCACAGAGGAAACGCAAUUUGGCCAAAAUUAAGGAUAUGGAGUUGAACGAGAAGAAAUUAUGCAAGAAGGUUGUUGCUUCUAAAAAGAUAAUAAAACUGAUGGAGGAAAAGUUAGGAAGAAAUGACGAAACCAUGCGAGCGAACGGACACGCUGAGAACAAUGUCUUCCAGCUGGAGGUUGAAAUUGACAGUUUAAAGAAAGCUCUGACUAAAGCUAAGUGUGUCAACUUGUAUAAUAAAUGUUAUAAAGAAAUAAAUAAAUAUAAAUAA